GUCAUCCGAGGAAAGGCGGCGGGGGCUCGCCAGGGCUGCCCGGAAGGAAGCGGAAGGCCGGGGGCGGCCAGAGGUGAAGCCAGCCCAGCCUCCGCCUUCCCGCCGCUGGAAGAGCCGGAGGAGGAGCGCGGGAGCAGCGCAGGAGGAGACGGAGGCGCCGCCCGGUCAUGGCAGCGCGCAGCGCUCCCGCGGACAAAGGCAGGCACCGGGCCGGGAGCUGAAGCCGCCGGGGGAGCCCCCGAGGAGGCGGGCAGGGAUGCCCACCAUGAAGCUGAACGAGAGGAGCCUCUCUUUCUAUGCCACCUGCGCCUCUCCGGCUGACAACGCCGGCUUCCUGCACAAGAAGGGCGAGCGCAACACGGCCUACCACCGGCGCUGGUUCGUGCUGAGGGGGAACAUGCUCUUCUACUUCGAGGACCGGGAGAGCCGGGAGCCGGUGGGCGUCAUCAUUCUGGAGGGCUGCACGGUAGAGCUGUGCGAGGCCACCGAGGAGUUUGCCUUCGCCAUCAAGUUCGACUGCCCCAAGUCCCGCACCUAUGUGCUGGCGGCCGAGAGCCAGGCCGCCAUGGAGCUCUGGGUCAAGGCGCUCUCCAGGGCCAGCUUUGGCUACCUGCGCCUGGUGGUGAGGGAGCUGGAGAAGCAGCUGGAGGAGAUGCAGAAGGCCAUCCCGGGCGCCCAGCCGGGGCCGAGACGGCGGCUGCUUUAUCGGAAAAACAAAACGGCUCCCAAUUUGGAACUGGCUGUUCUGCCGCAGGAGAAACCGGCCUUGCCCGUUUGUAUCCCCGGGAAAGAGAACGGCUGCGCCUUGUGGAAUAACUCGGAAGCCUCGGCCAGCUUGUCUCCUGCCUGCAGAGAGACAGACUCCUCUGGCGGGGCCAAGAGCUAUGAUGGGGGGCUCAAGCCACCCCCGUUGCCCCCUCGGAGACGGUCUCUGCCGAGCGGGACCAGCGGCCCGAACUCAGACAGCCCCGCGUCUCCAAGUGCGGUGUGUUUUUCCCGACUGCAUGACUGGUAUGGUCAGGAGAUUGCUGAGUUGCAGAAGGCUUGGCUGGAGGGUCAGAAGGACAAGGACAGCAGCCUUUGAACCCCCCCCCCCCGGGGUGGAGAGGCACCUCCUGGAAAAACUGAACUGGCUGAAAGGCAGCCACGCUUGGAAAGCCACCAGCACCGUCUUCUUUGGCUGAGGCAGCUGCUGGGAACUUUGUCUUCGGUCUGCCGAUAGCACCCUUCCGUGAUUCAUGGAAAAGUCAUGGCUGGUGCCAGCUCACAUCCUCCCCCCCACCUCCAGACACCCCCCUCCUCAGCAGGCAACGCUUCCUAGUUCCUGGAGAUCUCCACUGUUAAGGGAUCACGAUGAGAGGUUGAUGGAGACACUCGCAGCCCCAGCGGGCAAACUAACGGAAGUGAGCCGGGAGCCUCUUUCGAUCCCUGGACACACAGAGGGUCCUUUCAGGGAGAAGAUCAUCUGCAGAAGAACUGGAGGACCAUGGAAAUGGUUGGGCUUGGCUGGAUGACUCCUCCAGGAGGACAGGAGAACGUGUGAUCCAAUUCAGCCAGAGGAGGAUAUCUCCACAAAAGAAAUUGUGGGUGUGUAGUGUGUAGUUCAAGAAUGCGGACAAGAUCAGGGGAGACCUCAAAACCGCUGCUCAGUCCCGAAGGCCUUUGGGUGGUCGCCAUCCUGCAACCCUCACAGGGUUGUUGGGAGGCUGGGAAUCGGGGUGAGGUCCAUGGAUGCCACCUUGGUGAUCUUGAAGGACAGGCGGGGUCUAUUCUUGCAGUCAAGAAACAGAGGGACGGAAACAGGCGCCCUUUUAGCCUGCUUCCAAACCCGUUGUAAGCAUUUCCUUACCUGGAACAGGAAUCUCUUCAGCCACAACCUCAUGGUUAACAAUGGAGAGAGAGAAAAGCUGUUUUCCCUGGAAAAUUUGCUUUAUUCAUUCUGCAGGACAGGAGUGGAUAAAAGCAGCUGUUAACUAGGUGGCCCAAACCUUGAAUGCAAUAAACCAAGACAUCGAGCCAA